AUGGACCCAUAUCAGCGCUUACCACCAGAGCUGCGCGUCAUGAUCCUCAGCAUGAUACCAAGCCACGAUACAACACUCCACCUCAUAAGUGCAUCACCCGUCAUGCUCGCUCAGUACUUGUCAUCCCAGCGACAAUGCUUCUUGUCCUUUCUGCGAAACAUGGCAGGGUGCAGUUCCGGUCCCGUGUUUGAUGAAAUGCUACAAGACGCGAUUGGUCUCGUCUAUCUCCAAAACGAGAAGCUUGACACAGAGUCACGCAUCGCAAUAGCAAAACAGUGGAAGCAGAAUACUCUACCGAACCCAUUCUCAACUGGAGAUGACCAGACCAUAGACAAGGUUCGCCCCUCAAACCCUAACAGAUUCACGCAAUAUCGGAGACUAGACGACAUGUGUUGGCCCCUCCUCUACAAUUAUUUUCGGAAGUUCCUAUCUUCCUGUUUUGAGAAGAAAUCACAUAUCACACGACUCCGCCUUACAAUGUUCCGCCCUGGGUUUGACAAGACUUUAUACAAAUCGAUUGUGCCUACCCUGCGCACUCCCAAAAACAGAAAUUAUGGCAAUUUCUUUUGA